CUGUGCUAUGCAGUGUUGUAAUUGGUCGUCGGUCGAUUUAGAAGUGAAGUUUGUUUGUAAACAAACGAAGAGGUGGUGUGUUAAGAAUGAUGUCGAAACGAUCAGUGGUAUGGUCAGCAAAGUUGAUCUUGCAGCACUUCAUCCGAAAAAAGCUGUUCACGAGAGAUCAUAGCAGUUUCUUUUCCGGCGCUAAGAAGUGCGUUUAUAUAAGUAGUGCCUGUUAUGUUGAGGGACGCAGAGAAGAAAGUGCUAUCAGCAAUUUUAAUCCAUCACGAGUAACAACUCAACAAAGUCCACAGGAGCUCCUUAUCCAAAAUGCAGUGAGCAGAGAUGAGCCUCUCACACUGGAGGAGUGGUCGUCAUUAUGCGAGGAAAUACUGGUCAGCAAAGGCAGACUGAAACCUACAACACUGGCUGCAUAUAUAAUGUCACAGUGUGUCAGAACCAGUAAUCUAAAAGUGGGUCUAUCGUUGCUGACAUACCUGGAAUCCACAGCUUCUGGACCAAACCUUGCGACAUUAAGUGCUUUCUUCAAGCUUUGGCAUGCUUGUGGAGGAAGUUAUGAAGAAAAGGAAAUGUUGUCACGAUAUGACAACUUGAGAAAACAGUAUCCUCUGUUAGAUGCUGCUACAUCUGAAAGUGCUGCAAUGGCACUUUCACGUACUUCGAGGUGGCAAGAUGCUUUUGAACUACUGGAUAUGAUUAAGCUGACGCACCAUCCUAAAUCUGCUGUUUACACUUCCUUGGCUGUUGCUGCAUUUCGUAAUGGAAAUAAUGAACUUGCCCACUCAGUCAUGGAGGAAAUAUUUGAACGGGAUGAUAGACGACCAGGUCCUGAGGCCUAUUUGGCUUGGCUGCAGCACAGUGAUCCAGAAGAACUGUUACAUUUUAUUGCAACCCAUGGAGAAAAGCCUACUGACGAAGUAGUGUGUGCUUUGUCUGAGAAGCUGGAAGCUGACAGAGGAUUUCAAGCAAAUUUUACAACUGUAAACAAGAGGGGCAUUUGCCAGACAUGUAACAAUCAGUUGACGCCACAGCUUCCCACACCAACUGAAUAUAAGCAGUUACAGGUGGCAAUGUUGGACCGGGUUUUACUAUCGGAUGAUGUAUUUCUUAAGACAUCACCUAAAGAGGUUGUUCACUUUCAAGACCUGUUAAAGAAGAACAGAACUUGGGAUGUAGUAAUAGAUGGCCUGAAUGUGGCAUUUGCUAGUGGCUCUUCUUCUAGUAGCAGUCAUGCCAAGCUGCUUUUUCUUGUAGUGGAACAGUUCUGGCGGCAAGGGAAAAAAGUGCUUGUACUUGGUCGCAAACACAUGAAAAACUGGCCCAAAAGACAGAUGGAAUCACUUUCUAAUUGUGCUCAGUUGUUUCUAGCUGACAAUUUAUCACAGGAUGAUCCUCUUGUACUACUAGCAGCACUACACAGUGGGCUUGGAACAAAAAUUGUUUCACGAGAUCUAAUGCGUACACACAUGUUCCUGCUGAAGGACAAGGAGCUUCGCAGUAUUUUUAGGCGCUGGCAGUAUUCACAUCAAUGCUUCUUUGAAAUUAAAAAUAAUGGAAGAGUUGUAAUUAAGGAGCCAUUGCCAUUCCACCCAUUUGCUCAGCAUCAUCAUGAUGGUUCAUGGCAUCUGCCUUAUGAGGUCCCAGGCUCAUCCCCAAAUAAGAGAUAUAAUCAUUUGGAAGUCCCAGAACAUUGGUUGUGCCUCUCAAAAGUAUAGGUUGAUCUACUCACCACCCAUGGCAGCUGAGUGGUCAGCGCGACACACUGUCAAUCCUAAGGGCAAGGAUUCGAUUCCCGGCUAGGUUGGAGAUUUUCUCCGCUCAGAGACUGGGUGUUGUGUUGUCCUAAUCGUCAUCAUUUCAUCCCCAUCUACGUGCAAGUCGCCGAAGCUGGCUACUCUUAUUAAGCAACAGAACUGUUUUGUAGUAAUUUGAAAUUUACAGUUAAUUUUAUUACUGGACAAAACAAAUUUGGUUUAUGUUCAAUUUUUUGUGUCUAAUUGAUUAUGAACUUUAUGAAUAAAAUAGAAAGAAACAUCCCACAUGGGAAAAAUAUAUGACACUCGAAGGAAGACUUGAACCAAGGACCUCACGUUCCGCAGCUGCUCACGCUAACCAUGGGACCACGGCGCUCCCUAAUUUUUUUUCCAUCUUUCCCUCUCCUUCCCUCUUUCCUGACGAAGCAACUGUUGGUUGCGAAAGCUUGAAAUUUUGUGUGUGCGUUUGUGUGUUUUUUUAUGGUGUCUAUGUACCAGCGCUUUCCCGUUUGGUAAGUCAUGGAAUCUUUGUUUUUGAUUAUGAACUUUAAGUGAUUGGAGGUAUCAUUAAGGAAAGAGUAAUUUGGUAGCAUUUAUUGUAACAUUUGUGUUUUGUGUUUCUUGGAUGAUGAAUGUUGUUAUGACAUUGAUGUACGUAGGCCUGAUGAUGGUGCAAUGUAUCACCAAAGCCGAUCACUUUUGAAUAUAGAAAUUUAAGCACACAGCUGAAGGCAAUACCAUCAAUCCUCCCAUUAUGGUAUGUAUAUCCACAGGAGGAAAUUUCAUUGCCACUUUCCUAAUAUUCUCUAGGAAAAAAAAAUUUAAAAAAAGAAAAGAAAAAUGAGCUUAGAGAUGGGGCUCCCACAGAACUGACUUUGCACGCCACCCUAGUGGCUGUUUUAUGGAAUGGUUUACAUACUUUUUGAAACAUGCAAAACCAACUGCUCAAGCUUCAGUUCUACAUAUGUUUGAUGGCACACUCACCCAUAUUAAGAACAUAAACUUCAUUGAUAAGGCCAGAGGAAAUCAUGCAAGUGUUAUGUGCUGAUCCCCAUACUUUUAAGCUGCAAGCUACAAUCUUCGGACAUGGCACAUUUUGAAGCUUUCUACACAUGAGUGUGAAAAGUUUGUUCACAAAGAUCUGGGAAGAAUUGUUACAAAGUUUCAGUAAGUGCUCUCUUGGGGGACAAUGACAGCAAUGAAUGGAUUUCAAAAGUGUGGAAUUUUUCCUCUAGAACCUAACAUGUUUACUAGGGAAGACUUUGCUGCUUCUGAGAUAAAUGACAUUAUUUCUCCAAUCAGUGGCUCCUCUCAGCACCCAAAUGUUGUGCCUUCUUCAAAUUACAGUCCCAUUUAGCACCCAGCUGAUGAACCCUUUUCAAACUUCAGGUUCAGAGAUUUUAAGUGCUAAGUCUUCUUCACGGAAACGUUCCUCUCAUCAUCUGACCACUGAAGAAAGUCUCAUCAAUAUUCAAAUGAUAUGCAGUUUUCAAGUACAUGUUCCCCUCAGUGUCCAAACACUGAAACAUCCAACUGGAGAGUUCCACAUAUGCCCAAAGGAUAUAAAACCUUCGUCUGAGGCACAGAAUUUGACACAUAGCUAGACGUAUCUACAAAAAGGAAGAACAACAAUAAUUAGUUAAGUCUAUAUAAAGCUGUGUUGCCCGAGAAAAAGUAAAGGAGGAGAAUUUUUAAUGAAAACCGAAAUGGGAGCUUGAAGAAAACAGGCCAUAAUGCCGGUACUGAAUUUAAGGCACCACAAAAUAAAAUUAAGAAGACAACAUGGAGCCAAAAACUAUUAAAAUGAAAUAUUUUACAGAGAGGAAACAGAGAAGUAGCUACCAAUGAUGGAUAUAAUGUCACAGAGUGUUUCUAUUGCAAUGAAGAAUUUUUAAGAUUUAAAGAAAAUAAUUUUUAAGAUUUAAAGAAAAUGAAAAUUGGAUCAGGCGUUGUAGCUGUAAACGCUGGGCUCACAAACAGUGUGCUGGGUUUGAAGACGAUGAUGAUUUGAGUGUGAAUUUAUUGUCUCAUUGAGAAUAAACAACAAUUUUCGCUGGUUGAGAAUUUGUGACUAAAAUGUAUGGAAAUUCAAAUUUCAAUUGACUUCUUAAUCUUCAUUAUUAUUCCAUUAAAAGUAAUCUGUUGUUAAAUAAACAUGGUAAUUUCACAUUUGUUUUAUAUCAGUAACUUAUACAAAAAAAAGACCAGGCACUGCCCACUUUAUCCUGUUGAAUGAAAUGUGCAUACGGCAUAUAUGGCCGGGAGUCCCCUUUUAGAGAGUUCUGCCACCUGCCCCUUUUUAUUUGAUGCCAUUUCAGCAUCUUGCAUGUCAGUGAUGAUGAAAUAAUGUUGAGAACAACACAACAUAUAACCCCCGAGCAGGGAAAACCUCCAAAUAGGCAAGGCACUGAAGUUGGACCACUCACAUGUCAUUCAGCCAUGCUGAUCACUCAGCUGUGGAGGCAGAUAAGGGGAGCUGGCACUACAUAAACCUUGAGAAAAAUGCAUACAAGUCGUGUAAAUUUCUGUUUGUAUACUUACAAAUAUUUGGUGUGAUGUCUUAUAAUAUGUAGAUUCAAAAUGUGUAAAAAGCAAGUUUCUAUCAAUAAUAAAGGAUUGGUGAAAAUUCAUUUUCCCUUAGACUUGCCACUUUACCCUAACUUCUCCUAUUUUGUUCUUCUGUCCCCUUGUGUUUUAAUGCACAAACUAGUUUUAGUUUCCUGAGAACUGUUAGGUAUUUUGUGAGCCUAAUGUGCUAAUUUCUUUCUAGACUGACUGUAACAUGUCUAGCUUAAAAAUAUGCCUCUUUCUCGUAAAAACAAUUCAAUUUGCCUUCCACUCCCAGCUAUUCUGUUCUUCCUGCUCCUAUUCAUGUGCAGGCCUUGAUCACUAUUCCCCGUCUCACAGUUGCAGCAGUAAAUAAAGCAAUGAUACAAGACUCCAUAGUAGACAAAAGCAAACCUCUCAAUACUUUGUUUACAUGACUGGCAGUUGAUUUAACACAAGAAAAAUACUAUUGUUUUGCUGUUUCCAUUCUCAUUCCCUAUAGGUAACCUUUAGUGCUGUAAGCUAAAUCAUACAAGUUAUUAUAAACUCAACAUAUUGUCAUCUCCUUUUUGCACUGAUAACUUGAAUUAAGCUAUAUGUGUAGUAUCACAUGUUUUGGAACUGGCAGUAUAAUUUCAAACUAUCCAAAAGGCAAGAAUUAUGGUGAUAAAUGAAAAUCACUCUACAGAGACAAGCACUUACUUUUCACGGUGUGCAUUUUCAGCUUCUUCCUCAUCUGGCAAGUGACCAAAAGGUUCAGAAGAGAUUGAUGCAACACUUGUCAAAAUGACACGAGAAUCACUGCUUGAUGUCAGCACAAGCUGAUCGUGGAAAUGAUUGUAUCUUAUACUCCACACCCUGAAGAAAUAAGUUGUAUCUGUCACUAACUAUUAAAACAUAUGAAAUCAUUUGCUGCAAAUUUCUUUUAUGGGUUGCUGUUACACUUGAAUUGGAAUGUACAAGUAAAUAAAAUUUGUUUCCUGCAUA